AGGAAUCGCCAUUUACAUUAAUAAUUGCAUGCUAUCUUCCGCUCGCCUCAGCAUUGUCAUGGCGUGUUAUAAAAAGUGCUAAUGUAAAAGACACAUCCAUAUUUGGCAUUAUUCCAUCGGAAAAAGUUACAACUGCUGAACAAACUUAAAACAUACUUAUCUGAUUUUAUUUUAAAAUUAGGGGGUAGGAAUUUUUGUAACUGCACAACUGUUUUGCCGUUUUGCAUGUCUUAACAUAACUUAGGCGUGCGAUGAUGAUCGCACACCAUCACUAAUUUGGGAGAGUGAUGUACCGCACGUGGGUGAUUUUACUCCUGACCAGGCCUGCCACAGCUGUAAGGAGACAGAAUACCUGUGUCCCUUUUUGGCUCUCAUGCUUCAAUGUCUGCCCUGCUUUUGUAACCCUGCUUUUUAGCAUAAAAGGAAAAAAUGAUGAGUUUAGUUUGCUAAACUAAGCUGUAAGGAGAUUUUCUGCUCUCCAGUUUGGAAAUUUUUGUGAACUAAAUUUAUAUUCCUAAUUCGAUCCAAUACAUAAGAAUAUCCAAAAAACUUGAAUUUCUGUAUUGUUCAUUUAUAAUUGGGAGCUUACAAUUCUUUUUUUUAGUUCUAAAGUGCAAAAUGGCUAUUGUUGACUUUGCACCACUUCGUAUUCCGUUUUAUAGGAGAUUACAAACUCUUGCUGUUGUAAUGUACUAUUAUUCAUUUUAUUUUGGUGCUCUUCUCGGCUGUGCCAUUAUACUUUUAUUACUGUUCAGUUCAUACUAUCCACUAGCCCUGCUGUAUUUAGCUUGGGCUUACUUGUAUGAUGCACAGACUCCCAGUCAUGGUGGAAGAAGAUCAAAAUUUAUGCGAAAUUUAAAAGUAUGGAAGUACUUUCGCGAUUAUUUUCCAAUCAAACUUGUUAAAACAGUUGAGUUAGAUCCAAAUAAGAACUAUAUCUUUGGUUACCAUCCACAUGGUAUUCUUUGCGCUGGUGCAUUUGCUACAUUUGCAACUGAAGCUACUGAUUGGAGCAAAACCUUUCCAAACAUAACACCCCAUCUCCUGCCCUUAUUAGCCUUAUUCAAGCCACCAUUGUUCAGGGAUUAUAUUAUGAGCUCUGGCAUGUGCAACGUCUCUCGUGAAAGCUGUGAAUUUAUCUUGAAAGAGAAAGGGCCGGGAAACUCGAUAUGCAUUGUUGUUGGUGGUGCGCCAGAAGCAUUUGAUGCUCACCCAAAUAAGGAUUACAUUUUAAUAGUGAAGCCAAGGUUGGGUUUUAUAAAAUUAGCACUAAGAACAGGAAGCAGUUUAAUUCCUGUCUUCGCAUUUGGAGAAAACAAUCUGUUCCACCAAGUGAGCAAUUCUCCUGGUUCAAUGCUGCGUAAAAUUCAAGAAAAAAUUCAAAGCACGAUAGCGUUUGCCCCAGCUUUGUUUUAUGGCAGAGGUAUUUUUCAAUAUACCUUUGGAAUGAUACCGCACCGAAGACCUGUGCAUGUUGUUGUUGGCCAACCCAUCGAAGUAUCUCGUAAAGAAAAUCCCACUUAUGAAGAAAUCAAGGAUGUGCAAACUGCUUACAUCGAAGCGUUAAGAUCGCUUUUCGAAGAACAUAAACAAAUGUAUGAGAUGAACAAGGACAUCAAGUUAAUCAUAAAUUGAAGUCAUGUGAGAAUGAUUACUUCGAGGUCGUACUUGGAGUCGAAGCAUCCCGAUCUUUAUAACAACAUUACGUACUCACUGGUGAAAGCAUCCCGAUCGUUAUAACAACAUUGCGUACUUGCAGGUUAGAGCAUCCCGCCCGUUACAACAACAUUACGUACUCACCGGUCAAAGCAAUCUUUCCGGGCCUAAAAACCACUUUGAUGACCUCAGCAAGAACAGCAAAAUUUUAGCAGUAUGAAAAAGGCAAUUAAAUUAGUUUGAUGAAGAUAUUUUUGGAAUUGGUCGGUCGUCAAACAAUUUUUUUUCAAGUGUACGACUUUAAAAUUAGGUAAAUGAAGUAAUAAAACUCCUUGAAGAUAAUAUGCAAUUAUAAAAGGGAAAAGCAAAAAUGACUGAACUGGGAAAUAUAAACGGCUUUCCUUAUUUCAGCACGUUGCCCACGAUAAAAUUACAUGACACGAGCGAAAGAGGCAGCCCAGCUUUAUUUAUAGGGAAAAUGAAAACUUAGGACACUUUUGGAAAGGAGAACUAACGAUUAAUAACAAGUUGUGCUUAAGAUGUUCAAUGUAAUUUUUUUAUAAUUUUUCUCGAGAUAUUUUAGCUCAAAAGUAGUACUACGGUCGCUGGUGUGAUUGUGGUGGAUAAAUUUUGGCGAGGAUUAAAUUUGGCAAAUUUCGGCGAAAUUACCAAAUUAAAUACCCGUCAAAAUUUUGAUAACUGACUAUUCUCCAAAUUAAAUACUCGCCAAAUUUAACAUAAUUUGCCGUUCGCCAAAUUUAAUCCCCGUCAAAUUUAAAAAAAAACACGUUUUUUUUAAUUAAGAAAAGAAAAAUGUUUUAUUCCCAAAAAAAACGAAAUUUUCUUUAGUGACGAUGAUGAAGAAUAGAAUUUUUAAGUCUAUAACAAAUCUUGUGUUGAUUUAUACGUUAUUAUUAUUUAAAUAAAUCUUAUAAUUUUAAUAACCCCCCCCCUAAAUAAAAAAAAAUCUUGAUUUCUAAUUCCUAAAAUUUACUAAGAUAGCUACUAUAAUAACAAACAAAUAAAUAACUAUAUUUCACAACUAAGUAUCCAUAUAUCUUCCUGGAAAUGUUUUUACAGAAUUCUCAUGGCUAAAUGGAGUGAGAAUAAAGUAGGUUUUGGAUGUACCUACCAGUAAACAUCAAAAAUGAGAUAUUUGACUUGAGAUAACCAAGAAUAUUUUACAUACCAUUGUAUUUCUUGCUAUUUUGAUCUUAAACUUCAUCUAAUCACUUUGUGUACAUUGACCCGUGACCAUUACAAUAAGGAGAAAUAUUUCCCUUUGUUUUUUAAUUUAGCCACCCAUUUGGCAAAUGUGUAAAAAACUCAAUUAUAUUAUAAAUAAUUCAGCACUCGCAAAGACAAACAAAAUUAAUUUAUAAUGGACUUUUUCAUGGAGCAGACGACCAAGCCAGUCGGUCUGAUCUUUAAAAUCAGCACCCUUUGUGAACUUUUAUUCAGCAGCCGUGCCGCAGCGCUUUUUGCCUCUCCUUUAACAAGGAUUGUCGAAAAUUUGCAUUUCGGAAGCAGAAAAUUAACGCAGUUUUCCGAAAAAAAAGACAUGACGGGAGUGUAUGAAAUUAACGCGGAUUGGGCAAAAGGGUUAAUUUAAAAUUCCUUAAAUUCUUAGAUGCGUAAAGAAUUGCACUUGAAAUGAUUUUGUGGGAGCUAAACAAAACAAAAACUCAAAAUUUUUAUUUCUUUACCUAGUGAGGGCCACUAUGUAAUUUCGUGUGCACAUGUGUGUUAAAAGUGAUUUUUUGAUUUAAAGUUGUUCCUUAGGUCCCAAAUUACCAAAAAAAUAUAGGUGGCAAAAUUUUUUGUCCCAUCGGACCAAAUUAGAUGACGUCAUCACUUUUACAGUCAGCAAAAAAAUAAUUUCACAUUUAUAUGUCAUAUUAUAUAUCGUUGGAAAGAGGAGAUCGAGUUGAUCAAAAAAAAUGUAAGAACCAUGUCUUCAAAACGUAACGUUCGAAAGAUAUUACUAUUCAAACUUUGUACAAAUUACAGACCGGUAAUUUACUGACCCAGCCCAAAAAUGACUAUAACCUGCUUAAUAGCGAAGUUUUUUUGUUGAAUUUUAGUAUGGUAUUGGGUCACCCUAAUGUCUUUCUGUUUGAUCAAAAUUUAUUGUUCAAAUCACUUCAAGGGAUAAUUUACAGACCAGUAAUUUACAGACCAAAGCACGUGUUUAGUUGUUUACUUUAGUUUUGAAAAGCAAGUAGCGAAUUUCACUUAGACAUUUUGUAUGUAUUAGUAUCAGUAUAAUAACAAGUUUUGUUUUAUAAUUGUUCGAUUUCAUAGACAUAGACAUAGAAUUCGAAUGUUCUAUUUCUAGAAAACAUUCUAUUGUUCAAUUUCAUAGCUAGACUGUUUAAUUUCGAAGUGUUAGUGAAGUGUAAUGUGAAGUUUAUAGUAUAGACAUACAUGCAUAAUAAUAAAAUGAAUAGACCGAAUUAAAAUGGAUGUUAACUGUGUAAAAACAAUAAA